CAGCGCAAUAAGAUCACCUGCUCCUGUGGGAACACGCUCGGUAUUAUCGGUCUCAUAUAGACGCAGGUUUUUAAGGGUGAUUAGACAAAAUAGUUCAAAGACCUCCGAGUCCGACUCAUCUUUAAAGCAACAGUUUAUACUUUUAUACACGUCAGGUUAAUUAAACAUAGAGCAGCUGCUCGUGCUCUCCAGGGACUGAUCUCUGUGGCAGGCGGUGGCUCGUAAACACCGGGUCUCCCUCGGCCUUCCUGAUCUCAGUGGAUAAAAUGACGGCGCUGAGGAGAACAAACAACCGAGCUGGAGCGCCCUGCAACAGAGAGCUGUGUUCUUUUUUGUAUAAUAGGAGACAGCUGAAAAGUCUUUAAACAAUUUGUCAAAUGGCUUGAUUUACAUUUACUUUUUAAUUAUAAUUUCAUUUCUCAAACUAGCAGUGAUGCUCACAGUGGCACCGUAGAACUACCCGGAUGUCGGUGGUUUAAUAGGACUGGAAUAUUCUGGAUUAACUGAGGUGUUGGUCAGGAUGGAUGUGGUGGAGAUGAGAGAGGCACUUGGGUUGGAGGUUCUGCGGGGACAAAGCGCUGAUUCUCUGCAGCCUACUUCCAGAAUGGUGCGGGUGUUCAUCAGCUCCACUCACUCAGACAUGAAAAAUGAGAGAAAUGCAUUCUGGGAGAAGACCUAUUCGGAGCUACAGACCCACUGCCAAAGUUUGGGUCUUGUUUUUGAGGUAGUGGAUUUCAAAUGUGGAAUGCGUGACAUCACUGCAUCUGAUCAUUUAAUAACUGAACUGUGCAUUAAAGAAAUCGAAACCUGCCAGAGGAUAUCAGAUGGGCCAACUUUUAUAGCUUUGAUCGGUAAUCAGUAUGGCCAUCGCCUUGUCCCGCGCCUCAUACCAGAGGCAGAGUUUGAGUUGCUGCUAUCAAAACUUUCCAAAGAUCCAGAGAGUUUAAAGCUCCUUAACCAAUGGUUUUACAAGGACAGUAACUCAAUCCCACCCACAUAUAUCCUCCUGCCAAUCACGGUGCACUACCCACAUUACAAUGAGAGAGAUUCUGAGAACGCACAGUUGCGGGAUAAUGAUGUCAUAUCCUGGAAUCUAACAGAGUCACGGCUGCUGCAGGUUCUCCGCAGUGCAGCUCUACAGGCUGAGAGAGACGGGGAUUUCACUGCUGACAGCAAGCACAAGUUUUUCAAAUCUGUUUUAGAAUAUGAGAUGGAGCAUGGCUUUCUCAGGACUCAAAGGGAUGCAUCGGCUGUGCUGUUUUUCCGCGAACUGCCUCGACUUAGUAAAAGAGACUGCAAGAAAAACUUUGCAAAGUUUCUGCUGGACGUCACAGCCGACGGCUUGCUGGACACACAAGCCCGGGAGCUCUUGACUGACCUGAAGCAACGCAUCUGCAACACCGGUCGCCUCCAACCACUCUGUAUGGAGCUCAGCAAAGGAGCCAUGGACCCAAGCCGCAAAGAACACAAGGAAUACCUGGGUAAGCUGUGUGAACAGGUAACAUCUCAAUUGAAGGAACUGAUCAGCAGAAAUGCUCUGCAAACCUCAGGAACUUCAGUAGAUCCAGUAUGGUCCUGGCUAAAACAGGAGAUCUUUCAUCAUGCCAAGUUGAGUGAGGAGAAGUGUGCUGUGUUUAAAGGGAGAGACGACAUUCUGGGAAAGAUCUCCAUCACCCUGUGGGAAUCCAAUGAUGUUUCUCAUGGACCUCUUCUAGUCCAUGGACCUCCAGGAGUUGGUAAAACAGCUCUGCUUUGCAAACUGGCCAAGGAAAUGCGAGCAGUUGUUGACAAUCGGGGAGUUGUUCUGCUGAGGUUGCUGGGAACAUCUCUGCUCAGUUCAGAUGUCGAUUCUGUUCUUCGAGGUGUUUGUCUUCAAGUGUGUGGAGCUCUAGGGUUGCAGUCCCCAUACUCGCAUAUAGCGUACACGCAUGAAGGGCUAGUUCGAUUUUUCCAUUCCAUGCUGGAAGACGUGUCAAAACAAGGAGACACUCUUCUACUCAUUCUAGACUCAUUGGAGCAGCUUUUAGAGACAAACAAACUUCAUAAACUAGACUGGAUACCUAAAAUAAUUCCACCCAAUGUGCAAAUCGUAUUCUCAACUUCUAAUGAGUGCUUGGACAAAUGUAAAUCUUUGGUUUCAGCGGAAGAAAACAUCUUUAAAUUGGAACUUCUCACGAAAGAUCAAGGGAGAGACGUCAUUGAUGCAUAUAUGAGUGCAGCUGAACGCAAGCUGACGGCAGAACAGCAAGACGCAAUCUUACGCUACUUUGAGCAAAGUGGAAACCCUUUGCAUCUGAAACUCAUGCUAGACACUGCCAAACUGUGGUCCUCCUACACCCCCAUGUCUAGUGUUCACCUGGACAAGUCGGCGGAGGAAGUGAUGACACAGUUUGUCGAGUCACUUGAGGUGAAUCAUGGGAAGAAGCUAGUCAGUCAUGCUCUGAGCUUCAUCCUGUUAUCAAGAUAUGGACUUUCAGAGGCAGAGUUACAGGAUGUCCUAUCAUUAGAUAAUGAUGUUCUAGCUGAGAUCUAUAAAUGCUGGCUUCCUCCGAGCCAUACGCUCAUGCGCUUCCCACGUUUUCAUUGGUCAAGACUCAGGCAUGACCUGAGUGCUCAUCUGACGGAGAGAUGGGAAGCCGGCGUUCUUCUGCUGGGUUUCACUCACAGGCAGUUUGCAGAACUGGUAAGGAGGAGAUAUUUGUCACGUGAUGUGAAAGCUGACAUGCACACGAUCCUCGCCGAGUAUUUCUCCGGACAGUGGAGUAAGGGGCAGCUCAGACCCAUCCUUCUCCCCUCACUGAGCGCAUUUCUCAAUGCUGACAGAAAGGUAUCACCCCAGCCCUUGUGGUUUUCUGAAGAACUUGCCAAUUUGCGUAAGAUUCAUGAACUUCCUUAUCACCUUGCUCACGCAGGAAAAUGGGACGAGCUACGACAAUCAGUGCUUGGGAGUCUGGACUGGUUGUGCUGUAAGACUCUGCAGUGUGGCGUGAGCUGUGUUAUUCAGGACCUGACCCUUUGCACUGACCUCACUGACUGCCCUGAGAUACAGUUGCUGAAGGAGACGUUUUUGCUUCUUAAACCCUCGCUGGAUUUUAGCGACGGCCGCGUGGAUCCCUCGCUGUUAGUGACAGAGAUCUUUGCCAGGCUACAGGGUCUUGCUGAUCAUUACCCCUCCAUGAUUGGUCAACUGUGUUCUCAAUGUAUGGACUGGUUUGAAUCCUAUUCUGACCCAUUACUUGUGCCCAAAUGCAGCUUCUUUGAAGCCCCUGGUGGCCCACUAAAGAGCACCCUCAGAGGAUUCACUAAAGGGGUGAAGGCUGUUGUUCUGUGCUCAAAGAGGAAGCUGCUGUUAGCAGGUUCAGAGGAUGGACUGAUCAUAGUCUGGAGUCUAAACAAUCUGCAGCCUCUUCACACUCUUUCUGGACAUAAAGCCGGGGUGCUGUCCCUGAAGCUGACGGACAAAACCAAUAACUGUUUGUCUACUGGGCUCGAUGGGACUCUGAGAAAAUGGUGUCUGAUAAGUGGACUGCAGCUUUUCUGCAUCACUGAUGCCGUUUCUGUCCAAACACACAGCCCUACACACAUCCAUAUGAAUGAAGAAAGGAAGAUCAUCAUAACCAACCCAAGCAGCCAAGUUAAAGCUUGGGAUUUGGACACUGCAGAGCCUCUGUUUGAGCUGACCGCAGUGAUUGGUUCUGUUCUUGGCAUUGUGGAAGAUGAAAUAGCGUGCAUAUGCAGUGAGGCGAUACUCUGCUUUUAUGACAUAUCCACCGGCACUCAGACUUCCCAGACCCUCCUGCCCUACUCUGCCGGACACCAUAACAUCACCUGCUGUCUCACACUCACCAAACACUCCAAGAUACUCAUUGCUUUUGGGGAAAGCCGUCUACAUUCGGUGUGGAGCCAUGAAAUGGAGUCUGUGAUUGAUCUUCCAUCUCCAGCUCUCUUUCUCAGAACAUCUGAGGAUGAAAAACUGCUGCUUGCAGGAUGUGACAGAACAUUGUGCGUGUUCCUCGUGACAUUGACUUCAAUGCACAAGGUUCUGGAUCUUCAACAUGAUGCAUCUAUCCUGUGCGCCGUGUCAAACAGCGAAGGUAGCGAAAUCAUCACGAGUGCCCAGGAUCGUAUAAUACGGGUAUGGAGCGUAACCACAGGAGCCCUGCUGGACUGGAUCGGUGUGAUGGAUUCCUCUGUGUCCUCAUUGGCUGUACAUCAGCGCUUUAUUAUUUCCGCCUCUGUUAUUGUCAACCAGCUUAAAGUAUGGCAGCUUGACCACAACACCACGCACAGGAACAAGAGUUUCAUCCCCGCAUACUGCCCCUUGGCAGUCCUGUCGAAAGAUGGUGAUACUGUAUUCUAUGUCAAGGAGGGAAAUAAAACCGAGGUUUUCACCUGGAGCUGUUCGGAAGGUGAAACAUGUCUGCAGUUAGACAGCAUGGACGUUUCCUCAGAGGUGUGCUGUAUGGAAUUAGCCCAGCAGAAACGGCUCCUCUUCUGCGGUCUGCACACUGGAACCAUCUUUAUUUACCCGCUUGACUUUAUCCCAGAAACCUUGUGCCUACCGCCUCCGGAAAGCCUACCAAUGGUACGCAGCAUGGCCAUCAGCCCACGAGAGGACAAAAUGGCCGUCGCAUAUGAGGAUGCCGUCUGUCUGUUUGAGAUUACAGCGAGGGACAGCUUCCCUUGCGUCGAUGGACCAUUUGAAAGGUACUCGCUUGACCUGUUACAUUCCUCAAUCUCCGCCAUGGCUUUGUUGUCCGACUGCAGGCUGCUGUAUGGGACGUUUGGCGGCGAAGUGGUGAUCUACGACUUUAAAAGCGCCACAGCAGCAGAGCUGGAUCACCACGGUGCAGCCAUAACCUGCAUCACCAUGAGCAACUGGGAUGCGCAGGCACUGAUUGGCUCUCAGGACUGUGUUCAGAAGCUGUGGAAUUUGAGUCCCGUCUUACUGAAUCACACCAUGGAGUACAAGGGCUUUUAUUUUGAAGGAGUUCUAUGUGCUGUCUUCUCAAUAAAUGAUAAAUACGUGUUCACUGGAUCCUUGGACAAAACCGUCAAAGUCUGGGAUGUUUCGAGUGGUUGUUUGCUGUAUAUCCAGUACGUCUACUCUCCGGUCAUAAGGAUGAUGCCACACAAGGAUGGAUUUGUAGCUGUAUCCCAGCAUGGCUCAUUCAUCAAGGAAGGUUUUCGCUGUCCAGACAGCCUCAAGCCUGGAUAUAACCCCCUCCGGAACUUCCAAGUACAUUACAAAGUCACUUCACGAGACAAAAGUCUGAACGUUCCACACAGCGUGAUCAAUGAGCUGCCAGAUUACAACCCUGCUCAGUUCAACUUCAUUGGCAUCGGUCUGAUCAAAUCCAAACCAUCCAAUACGUGCGUUCUCCUCUAAGUACAUUCUACAUCGCAAACCUCUUAUAACUAGGCCCACACUUAUUCUGCGUGCAGAUUUACUAAAGCUGCGUCCCAAAUUGCAUACUUAUGCACUAUUCUACGCCAUUUUGUAGUAUAAAUAGUUUAAGUAGUGUG